CUUCAACUCCCGCAAUAUCUUGACUGCUCAUUCUGAAUGUGACAAUGAUACAGCUUGUUCGUCAUGCCGUCUGGCAAGCAGCACAGGCGGAUUUCACGGACAGCGUCUCCGUUCGCAAUCUCGAAGCUACCGUCAAUGCUGGGGUAGAUGCAUGGGGUCGACAGAAGACCCAACGGGUCCUCCUAACCCCUACACUGACGCUGGUCGCUCCGUUCAGCUCAGCCGCUCAGUCCGAUUCUCUGGAUACUAGCACGAUCCACUAUGGAAAGCUCAGCAAAGCUAUAAGAGCCCUCAUUCAGGAUUCAAGUAUUGAAUGGAAAACUACAAACAGCAUGGCUAAAGCUAUCCUGGACUCUUCUCUCGCUACGGCAGACAAGGCACCAAUCGCGUCAGCUCAAUUGGAUAUUUUCUACCCCAAAGGCAGUAUGCUUGGAGAUGGGGCUGGGUUGAUGCAUUGUAUGAGUCUUCGACCUACCCUUAGUCUUUCCAGGGUCCUGUAUUUGCGAAACGUCCGGAUUCCUUGCCUCAUCGGCAUAAACUCGAACGAAAGGCUGCAGAAACAGCCCGUUAUCGUCAAUCUCUGGAUCGAGUGCAUAUCGGAAGAUCGGUCUGACGACUAUACACAACUCGAACAAGUUCUUGUAAACGCUGUAUCGGAGUCGUCUUUCGAAACACUGGAGUCCUUAUCAACCAUGCUCGUGGAAGAGCUCCGCCAGAAAUUCUUUCGCCCCGCCAAGGACGACAACGCCUUUGUCAGGCUGCGGGUGGAAAAGCCCAUGGCAGUUCCUUUUGCGGAAGCGCCAGCUAUCGAAAUCAUGCGGCCGGUAAAAGUGUAGGGUGGCGGCUGGCUGAAGUCCGAAUGUGAAGACAAGACUUCCGUGUCCACUGGUGGCUGUAUAGCUUAUUUGGUCUUUGGUUGCCUAUCAGUUCAGCCUCAGGCGAUUUCGGCAGUGCCCAGCUUUCCCAAAAUGCUUUCUUAUCACCCAAGGCCGGGUCAUCCAUUGUGCUGGAUAUUUCGAACGUCCUCAAUAUUGAACAAAAAGGGUCAAUAGUCAAUAGUCGGCGGUGAUGUUGAUGAGAGUUUGGUCGACGAGAAAUGCAACGCAUCGAGGAAGGUGGUCUAGCUGUUUACGGGUCGGACCCCCACGUGCGGCAACGACAUGUGUGGGAGCGAAUGUAG